AUGGCACUCACGCUGAUACCGCGCUGCCUACAGUUCUGCACCCGCCACGCUUUUCCAAGCCUCACGCGAGGUCCGGUAACACCAAUGCUGUGGUACUGCACAGGAAAGAAGGAAGGCACGUCACGGGGGAGUGGAAAGGGCAAAACAUCGAGUAAGAAAAAGCGUAAGAGUGAAGGGAACUCCAAAAAGGUGAGGAAAGAGCCUGACGCGGGCGAAUCUACGGUUCCGUGCGUACCAACCACACCAGAUGUGGUUUCUCAACCCACGGCUUCUCCUCAAAUUGUUGAGAAAAUCAAAGAGACUUGUUCUUCCACAAGCAGUUGGUGCCCUACGACACAAGAUUAUGAAGCACUUAUAGUGGACAUGCUUCUGUAUCGACAAGAAACGGUGGAAGCAGUGGUGGAUGCCUUGCGCAAGGAACGGUUAUUGCUUGACGAGUCCAUUAAGCGAAUGGAAGAGCAUAUUGCUGACGUGUACCUGGUACGGGAGGAAAUUCGAGAGAUGCUUCAGGAGAGUGCCGCCGUUCAGAAGCAAAUGCUCUCUGACGCCCUUCAGUUAAUUGGCGAAAAGUGCAAAGACGUGGAAUCUGCAGUUGACGGUGGAUCCUCGGGAAUAGUUCCAGCAGAGGUGACCGCAGAUAACGCCGAAAACGAUGAUGACGGGGAAAUAAUAUUUUGA